AUGGGUAAACUAUUGAAGCCUGGGCGCGUUGUUAUUCUUCUCUCAGGUCGCAGGGCCGGCUGCAAGGCCGUCGUCGUCCAGACCAACGAGAGCUCCAGCAAGAGGAGGCCCUACUUGAACUGCCUCGUCGCCGGCGUCGAGAAGGCUCCCAUGAAGGUUACCAAGAAGAUGUCUCCCAAGAAGGUUGAGAAGAGGCUCAAGUUGAAGGCCUUCGUCAAAUACGUUAACGUCAACCACUUGAUGCCCACCAGAUACAUGGUCAACACCGCUUUGGACCCCAAGGCUCUCGUUUCCGACGAGCAGAUGGAGGACAAGGCUUCCCGUGCUUCCGCUCGCAAGGCCGUCAAGGCUGCUUUGGAGGAAUGCUUUUCCAAGCCUGAAAACUCCGACCCAGCUGUCAAGGGCUCCAGGGACACCGUCUUUUUGAGGAAGAAGCUCAGAUUUUAA